UUUCUCCCGCUAAUUUUGGACUACACUGAUGCGACAGCGAUGGAGGCAACACCAAAAAAGCUUUCAAGCCAGUAGCCGUAUCGAGAAUGGGUCCCUCAAAGACGUCUUUGAAACAUCUCUGUCGCAUUUAUUUCGUGAUGGAAAUCCUCCGAGGUGCAACCGAUUGGUAGUUCCCAAGUUCCAACGACCAUACUGCUGGACGGCACCCCACGUAAUCCAGCUUCUUAAAGAUAUCAAGAAUGCUUUCACUAGGUCAAAGAAGGACUCGACGUAUUUUCUCGGCGCACUCGUCCUUUGGAGGAAUGAGAAAGAUCAGCAGGAUUGUUAUUCCAUAGUGGAUGGGCAGCAGAGGAUUACGACAUUGAUUCUCAUUUUGGCUGUAUUGCGUUAUCUUGAUAAGGGAAACGAAGACGCCCAUUCAAAGUUUGUGGAGACGGACCCGGAUGAUGAUGAAAACUGUUUUAGAAUGUGUUACGACGAUCCGGAAGGCUUAGACUAUGACAAGAAAUGGGCAGAAGUGCUGAGGUCGAAAACGGAAACCGGUUAGAUGCCAAAUUCCAGAAACGCAUCAUAGAUAAUUGCAUCGAAAUCAAGAGAUACUUGGAGGAAGAAUGGGGGCUGAGUCCGGCCGUUGCAAACGAGGGUGGUGACGAUGGUGACGACGGAGCACCAGUUUCAUCAGAUGCACCCAGUUCGACGACAAUGCUGGAAGUCGCCGAGUACAUUUUCACAAGCUGUCGGAUGGUGACAAUGGAGGUCAGGGACCUGGAUUCUGCGUAUCGCACCUUUCGCGCUCUCAACACGAGAGGGGUCGACGUCACGGCCGUGGACUACUUUGGGGCCUUAUUCUCCGAGAAACUAUUUCAAAUCAAAAGAAAAGGGUCGGCGACAGCUGAGAAAUCGCAUGCGAAAAUUUGGCAAGCUACAAGAAAGGAUCGGGGUGACGAAGGCAUGAAAGAGCUUUUGGAGCACUUGUGUUUGAUAUAUUUUGUUAAG